GCAUAAUGGUUCAGUCCACACAACUGAUUUCACAGCUCGAUUGGGUAUUCCGCCCCCAACGUAGCCUUCCCAACUGAAUGCCUUACGGUAAGGCAUUCAGUUGGGAAGGCUACGUGCGCCGCAAAAGACUUUUAUCUGGAUGGAGAUGCGGCAACAUGUCACAACUACAGAAGUUAAAGUCUGGCUCUCAGAAGCGAAAGGAAAAGAAAGAGAGGGAGAAAAAACAAAAAGAAGGAAGUCAGGUUCUGACUAACUUCUUUACAAAGAAAGAAACUGUCACAGAAAGUGGACCAGCAGCAACAACCCCCUCAUCCUCCUCUGAUGCAGACUUGAGACAAGACAGAACAUCAAGGCUGGAGUCCCCGAAGGUUCUGUCCUGUUAGAAAAACAACAAUUCCUCUGGUGGGGUUUCCUCUAACAAAAGUUCAACAGCAGUCCUUUCAAUACAGCUGUCACCUGCUCACAGAUUAAUUAUGACCACCAGGUACAACUGCUCUUUCUUCACGUUGGAAAACAACACUUGGCGCUGCCCGGACGAAGGGAGCUGCGCCAACUUGACCUUUGACCUGAACGGCAGCAUGGAUCUGUGGGACGCGUGCCUGACCCAGGAGGAGUACCUGGAGAAGCACCUGGGCCCUCGUCGCUCCGCUGUCUUCCUCCCCGUCUGCCUCACUUACCUCGUGAUCUUCCUGGUGGGUGCCGUGGGAAACGUCCUCACCUGCACCGUCAUCGCGCGCAACAAGGUGAUGUGGACCCCAACUAACUACUACCUGUUCAGCCUGGCCGUGUCCGACCUGCUGGUGCUGCUGCUGGGAAUGCCCCUGGAGUUGUACGAGAUGUGGAAGAACUACCCCUUCAUCCUGGGCGAGGGCGCCUGCUACUUCAAGACCUUCCUGUUCGAAAUGGUCUGCUUCGCCUCCAUCCUCAACGUCACGGCGCUGAGCGUGGAGCGCUACAUUGCCGUGGUCCACCCCCUGCGCGCCAAGUAUGUGGUGACGCGCACCCACGCCAAACGCGUCAUUCUGACUGUGUGGAGCGUGUCGGUACUGUGUGCCAUCCCCAACACCAGCCUUCACGGCAUCAAAACCCUGGACGGCCACUCGGGACAUCCCGACGGAGUGAUCGCCGAGUCGGCCAUCUGCAUGCUUGUGAAGCCAAAGUGGAUUUACAACCUGACCAUUCAGGUGACUACACUGCUGUUCUUUGCGCUGCCCAUGCUGACCAUCAGCACACUCUACCUUCUGAUUGGCCUGCAGCUAAAAAAAGAGAAGAUGCUUCAGGCACUGGAGGCCAAGUCAGGUUUGGGGCAAGAUGGCUACUGUAACGUCCGCAGCCAGCAGCAGAAAGCUCGACGUCGACAGGUCACAAAGAUGCUGUUUGUUCUGGUGGUGGUGUUCGGGAUAUGCUGGGCUCCAUUCCACACCGACAGGCUCAUGUGGAGCUUCAUCAGUGACGAGAACAGCGGCCACCUGGAAGUCUUUCAGUACGUCCACAUCAUCUCGGGUGUGUUCUUUUACCUCAGCUCUGCCGUCAACCCCGUCCUCUACAACCUCAUGUCUACCCGCUUCAGGGAGAUGUUCAAGGAGGUCAUGUGUCACCGAACGCAUCACGCGCCUCCGAGGAAAUACUCUCUCAGCGUCACACGGAUGACGUUGCGCAGUACCCUCAGCGAUGCACUGCCUACCAAUGGUCCCGCCGUGGUCCAUGAAGAGGUCUGUGGCGUCUACAGCCACAAAGAGGAGGAGACAACAUUUGCGUGAUAGAAUGCCUGAGAAGGAGUGUUCCGAGAUCCAGGGGCGAUGGAGAAUGGCUCGGAUCUGGUGUGAAGGGAUGGUAUUUAGAUGGUGAAGAUCUUUGGGCCAUGGGCUUCGACCUAGUCGGCAUAUCACACGGGUUUAUGAGGGAGAAGUUCAACUAUGACUUUGAACAACAAACACGAUGAAAGAGUCCAGUACAAGUGUAGGCCAUGGUCAGGCCUCCUCAAUUACUUAUAUCAGAUUCAAAAAUGUCAUGAUCUCUCAGAAGAGGACAAACAGUUGAUUUCAAAUGUGUGAAUUUAAAUGAGAGGCGGACACAGAAGGAGACAAAAUUCAUAAAAACAUCAGUUCAGAUAGUGGUGGUGUCUCUUUUAAAUGUGUCAAACAUAUCACAUCUAUUUUGAAUAAUGGUAUGGUAUCUUGUGGUUCAUCGUACUGUGAAUUGAGAGUGUUGUGAAUGGCCUCGUUGACACUUGUAAAUUACCUCUGGCUAUUUUGACAAACUGAUGAUUUGACAUACUGACAUUUUAGUUACAGUUAUUAUUGUGUUCUGUGCUGAUUACAUACUCCACAAUUUAUUAUAGAAAGUAGAAUGUGACAGCAAGGAACGCCUGCAAUUUUCAAAGAUUGGUUGGACAUUCACAAAGAAAGAGUGCUUAUGAGGGGAACUGGGUUUCAACUGCGAUACAAUUAUGUUGAUGUUUGGUUUGGCCAUUUGUUCCAUUAUUUGAAAAACUCUAAUCAAUUAAACACAUUUUUAUUUACAAAAAUGGCUUUGUAAGAGACAAAAAGCCUUCUGGGAUACUUACAUUCAUAUUAGUUUAAUAAUUUGCCUUUGACGAUAAGUAAAUAGUUAAUUACGAAUUGCUUGAUAUCAGUCUAUUGAAGCGGGACAAAACAAUAUCUAAUUGAAAAAUCCAUGUAUUGGCAAACUGUGCAUGGCAACUGACAUAAUCAUAGCCACUAAAAUAAAAUAAAAAAUAGGACAUUUAAACAUCACUUUCAUCACACAAUGAAGUAAUUGU